AUGCCUUCUUGUUCAAAACUAUUUUCAGGAAACUUACCUGAGUUAACAUACGAUGUUUUAAAAUUUCUUCGUAAUGAUUAUUCAACUUUAUAUUCAUGUAUCUUAGUUAACAGAUUAUGGUGUCGUUUAGCCAUGCCAUUAUUAUGGGAAAACCCUUUUUCAAUUUCUACCGGAAAUUAUAACUUUAUUGGAAUUUACUUACAUAAUUUAAAUGGUAAUUUAAAAUCAAAAUUAAAUGGAUAUGGAAUUGGCAAAUUACUACCUUCGACUACACUUUUUAAUUAUCCCAGUUUCAUAAGAUAUUUGAAUACACAAGAAUUUAUUUUCUCUGUUGAUAAGUGGGUUGAAGUUUCCGUUAAAACUUUGAAACCCAGAAAACGAUACUUUAUAAAAACCAUAUCUUUAAAUUUAGAUGCUGAUUUUAUAAGAUUAGUUCAUACGUCACUAUUAAAAAUAUUUAUUGAAAAUGAAAUAAAUUUACAUACUUUUGACGUUGAGUUCACUGAUAGUAAACAUAUCUCUUAUUUUGGUGAUAUUCUUGGGUUAAUUUUACAAAAUACAAAAUUUAUUAAUAAUAUUAGAUAUUUAAAACUUCAUACUGGUAGAACUCGUGGUUUCUCGUCCCCCAAAAACAAAGAUACGCCAAUUAAACAUCGCGUAUUACAAAUAAUUAAUCUACAUCAAAAUCUUAAAAAAAUUUUAUUAAGUUAUGAUAAUUUCUCUUUGUAUCAAUCUCUAUUGUUACAAUCAGAAAGUUCUAAUUGUUUAAAUACUUUAAACACAAUUAUAUUAUUUUGCUUCAAUUUUAAUGGUAUAAUCAAUCUAGAUAAAGCGUUUGAACAAUUAAAUGUUCUAGAAUCUGUUCAUAUCAUUUAUUGUUCUCCUUUAAAUACUGAUAUUAUUCAACAAAUAAUUAAUUUAAACAAACCUUUUAAAUUAAAAUCUUUGUUUGUAAAUGAUAGAUCGCAAAUUGAUGAAUCAUUAUUAUUAUUAUUACAAAAAUAUGGUAAUUAUUUAGAGAAUUUCGGGUGCGGGCAUUUAAAGUAUAUCAAGGGCGAACUUGGACUUGAAUCUGGUCUAUCAUUAAAACAACAAAUACUCGAAUCGGUUCUAAAAUAUUGUAAAAAUAUCAAAUUUCUCGAUAUUUGUGGAAUUAAAGAUGAGAUUGUUUAUCUAGUACUCAAUUUAGUUGAAAAUAUUAAAUCAAAUCUUAAUUAUCUUACUAUUGAAGCCAGUGAAACUUCUCAUUUAGAUAAUAGUAGUUCAAUUUUAUUACGAAAUUUAGGACGAAUCCUCCCUCCUAAACUAGAAUAUUUAAAUUUAAUCCUUUAUAUUAGAAUAAGUGAUUUUGAAGUUUUCAAAAAUAAUUCUCAAAAUACUGUUAUUAAGAAAUUAUCAAUUAUUAAUAAUGUACAAGAUUAUGGUGUUGAUAUUUCACCUUACAUAAAAGAAUAUAUUGUGGAUAAAAGAACUAAGUACUAUUUGGCUUUUAGGAACAUUAAAAUUGAAGAUUUGAAAGGCGGCGAAAUAAAGAAAUUUGAGUCAUAUAUUGCUAAAAGAGAUAAUGAUUUGUCUAUUGAUAUUUAUCAAUUUAUUAAGAACCUCGAUUAAUUAUUUAGUUAUAAUAUGAAAUUAUCACAUAUGUAUAUUCAUUUUUAUAAAUAAAG